UUAUACACGUUAAAAAAAAAAAAAAAAAUCCUGUUAUCUAUCUAGUUGUAAAGACUAAUGGAAUAAAUACUAUUGUCCUCUCGCUAUUUGGGAGGGACAAGAAUUUGUAAAAAAUAAAAAAAAAUCCUUUAUAAAGGGAGAUAUCAAGAAUUCAUACAGAUGCUUCUUAAAAUUUAUUGAAACGGCCCUGAAGCAAUGGAAAUCCAGGGACAGUUUUUGGAUUCUACAGUUAUGGACUUCGUUACAGACGGGAGCUUUUUAGAAUUGCCUUUGAAUUUCUCUGCAGAAUCGAAACAAUCUGAAGCAACGUCUUUACACAGCAUGGAUAUACGUGAACGCUUUUAUGAUUUUGCCUCCAUUCAUGGUUUUGCAGACGCAGAAAGCAAAGUGUCCCUUGGCUCACUGGGUAUGGAGAAUUCGCCUGACUGCAGUAUGAGUUCAUUAACGGGGCGAUCUAAAAGAAAACGCGUGAUCACCUCAAACCAACGCCAUGCCGCCAACAUCAGAGAGAGAAAAAGAAUGUUCAGUUUAAACGAAGCCUUCGAUGAUCUGCGUAAGAAGGUUCCCACCUUUGCUUACGAGAAAAGGUUGUCAAGAAUCGAGACUCUGCGACUCGCUAUUGUGUAUAUCUCCUUUAUGUCUGAACUCUUAAAGAACGAAAAACAAUAAUUCUACAGAACAGACAUUUCAGUUGGAAUGCUAAGUGACACUGCAGUUUUAUAUUUCGAUAUUGCUGUUAAAAAAUAUUGUGUUUAAUAUAUUUUGUAUUAUGCGAAAGAGACAAAUACUCUGCAAAUGUGUACAUUUUCCCCAUAAGACAAUACCGACUCUAACGUGAACAUAUUGCAGAGAGAAUAGGCUGUAACCAAUACUGGUUUCUUUUUCCACGUCACUUCUGUGGUUUUGAGUGGAUUUGUUUAUGAGUAUCAACUGGUGAAGUUGGCAGCACAAUACUACUUAAAAUGUUAUAAUAAACACAAAGUAAGAAUGUUGUUAACGGUAGAACAAUCUCGUGCUAGGUGUCAUAAUUACACAGUAUGAGUAGAAGUGUUAUGAUAGCUAAUAUAGCUCCUUAGUGGGCAAAUAGCGAAAUGCUAAACUACCCAAUUUGAUGACCGUAUAAUAUUUCACUAUGUUGAAAAGUGUAUUAGUUUGGUCAGUUCUAAACUUGGUAAAGAAAAAAAAAAACAAAAAAAAAAACACAACUAUUAACUAGUAUUAACUAUUAACUGUAGUUUUUACUGUUUACUAGCCAUAUGCCAAACCAGUUAUAUAUUGAUGGUGCUAUAUUGCAUUGCA